AUGGGAGACCAUAACAGAUCAAAGUCUUAUGGUGGCAGCGGGACCAUGCAGAUGGACAACUACUAUGGACCCCCAAGAGCACCACCACCACCCACUUCUUAUGAGCUCACCAGUUACAGUGCCUCCUAUGCUCAGGCUCAGAUGGGGAAUUAUCCAUAUAACUACAACAACAGGGAUUUGAAGAAGGGGAAGGCUGCUACAGUGUCUAGGUCAAAGUCUUCUUCUUGGGCUCUGAGUGAUCCUGAGUUGCAGAGGAAGAAGAGGGUUGCUAGCUACAAGAUGUAUGCUGUUGAGGGAAAGAUGAAGGGCUCCUUCAGGAAAAGCUUCAGGUGGCUUAAGGUUAAGUACAGCCAAUUCUUUUAUGGCCUUUGA